CACCAAACUAACAGGUGUCCUCCUCCUCCUCCUCCUCCUCCUUCAGACCCACAGUCACAUCACAGGGGGGAUGCCAGUCCGCGCCGCAGACUCUCUCCCUCAACUCAUCUGAACGCUGUUUCUUUACUUUACCUGACCUCAACACUUCCAGGAAAUCGCUUUCACACAUCCACAAAUGAUGCACUCGGCACAGAAAGACACCACGUUCACCAAGAUCUUUGUAGGAGGUCUUCCUUAUCACACAACGGACUCAAGUCUCAGGAAAUAUUUCGAGGUGUUUGGAGACAUCGAGGAGGCUGUUGUCAUCACCGAUCGGCAGACGGGGAAAUCCAGAGGAUAUGGAUUUGUGACCAUGGCAGACCGGGCCUCUGCUGACAGAGCCUGCAAGGACCCCAACCCCAUAAUAGACGGCAGGAAAGCCAAUGUGAACCUGGCCUACCUGGGGGCCAAGCCCAGGGUCAUACAGCCAGGUGAGGGACUGGACCACAGCUUCAUGUCACAACUUCAAGAUAACCAAGGAUUUGCUUUUGGCGUGCCUCAAAUCCAUCCAGCGUUCAUCCAAAGACCUUACGGAGUCCCUGCCCACUAUGUCUACCCUCAGGCCUUUGUCCAACCUAGCGUGGUGAUCCCUCAUGUACAACCGUCUGCUGCUACAGCAACAGCUGCUGCUGCCACUUCCCCAUACCUUGACUAUACUGGAGCAGCGUAUGCCCAGUACUCUGCGGCUGCUGCCACUGCUGCUGCCGCUGCUGCUGCAUAUGAGCAGUAUCCGUACGCAGCCUCACCAGCACCAACGAGCUACAUGACUACAGCAGGGUAUGGAUACGCUGUCCAGCAGCCGCUCGCCACUGCUGCCACCCCAGGAGCUGCCGCUGCUGCUGCCGCCUUCAGCCAGUACCAACCUCAGCAGUUACAGACAGAUCGCAUGCAGUAAAACCAUGACAACUACCUUAAAGGAGGAAAACAGGGGAGGUCACCUGCUCCAUGAAGAAGGUGAAGUUACAGUAUGAGGGGGAAGACCAUAGGGGCUGAAGGAUGGAUGUCACUCCUAGGUUUUAACUUAGCAGUCCUACAACCAAAGAGCCUGAGAAAAUCACCAAAAAUGUGGAGAAAAUUAGGAAUUACUGUAUAUUUUAUUCAAGUGAGAUCAGUAUUUUGUCACUAUUGAAUAUAUAUGAAUAUUUAAUAUUUAUUCAGCAGGAAAAUAUUUAAUGUUAAUUGAAGUAGACUCACUGGACCUCAUGUCAACCAUUGCUGAAUUUUGUGUAUAUCGCAGUGGAAUAUGUAUAAAAUUCCCAAGUGCAUUCAUGUCUUAUGAUCAGGUUUCUUCCCCUCUUCUUUCAAAACAAACCAAAACACUUGCAUACAUACGAGAACAGUAUGUUACCAUCAUGCAGUUUUCAGUAUUUCAUAGUUUUGGACCAGUAUUUUGUUUGGUAAAGCUAUGCAGACAUCGAUAUAGAAGAUAGUGUUUUGUUAGGAUUGUUCUCUUUUUUUUUUAUAGUUGUUUGGAGUGAGAUAGAUUAGACGCCCUCAUUUAGUUCCUCUUUAAAUUAAUUUUCUUGAUUCUACGUAAGACAAAAUGCUGAAGUGACGGCUGAAGGUGGAAAAAGCACUCACGUUUCUUCCCUUUAAAGUGCACCUCAAGUAAGCUCAGCAUGAGGGAAGAAACAUUGUUGAAUGUGAAUUGUUCAUUUUGACAAAAUGUCUCAUAAUGUGCCUUUUAAAUUAUGCUAUUUAUGUAUUUAUUAUGGAGCCUUACAGUAAUAAACCCUUUAUUUUGUGUUCAUGUGUUAGUUUGAACCCACGUGUGCUGCUGCGUCAUGAUCAAGAGCAUAUGAUGGAUGUUUAAAGUUGGCUUAACAAAGCAAUACACUGUAUGAAGAACAAACGAUGAGUGGAGAGGUAGCAAUAAGUCCAACGCAUUUCCUGUUCUCUGUAGAUUUGAAGUUGUUGUCUCUAAUAGAUUCUUAAUUCUGUAAUGUCGCUUUUUAUACUUGACGAGUUUGAUAAAGGACAGCGUGAGAACUGUUGACUUUUUAAAUUUUUUUUACAUUUGAUGUCACUAGACGUUGAAUGUUUUCUAAUGCAGAGGCAUCACCUGUUUUGCCUUGCAUUGUGUGCAUGACUCAAUAAUGCAAACAUUUAAUAUGUGAAAUUAAAGGAAAUUUACCUUCAA